AUGGGGCCCAUGAGCCUGGCUGUGGGCGUCGACGACGUGGGGCCGCUUGCGCCAUCUCCGACUCCCCGACCGCCGGCCGCUGGCCCCAAGUCAAACAAAAGCCGACUACCUUAUUGUCUGUCCGUCGCCUCCGUCCUGUUUGUGUACCCUUCGGCUUCGUCUCGAGCCAGUCCGUCUGCUCCUCGCACGAGUCUUGACGUCUGUCAGCUGCAUUGGCAGCCCAUAACCACUCGCUGCCCUGACCGUUCAAGCUUUCCCUUCAGUACUUUAGCGAGUAAUCUUCCUCGCUGGCGAGAGCUCAACUACCGUCUACGAGAGCUCGCUUCUACGUCGCAAUUGUGUACACUACGCAGCAGCCAGCAAUGCGCUCCAUGGACUGCUGAGCCUGGCCUGGCCUGGCCUGGCUUUCCCUCAGGCUUUUCGCUCGCUAGUGCAAGCUUGCAACGUCAGGUUCUAUUCGGGUUGGGGGCGGUUCUCGAAGCAUCACGCGAGUGCAGGGGGAUCCCUCUGUGGGCAAGAAAUUGCGACAUUUCCGCCUUGCCUGCCAGUCUGCGCAGCCACCAGCCUGCGCAACAGCUCUCCGCCGCAGCUCUUAGAAGACAGCCCUGGCUGGUCUUCGCCUCGAAUCUCAUCUCGCUCUGUCUCUCGACGACGCGGGUGUUUCCCGUCAUAAGCGCACUUAGAAGGCACCUGGAGCCAAACCCACGUCUCUAUGACCACGCCCACGCCACACGGGCCAGCUUGCUAGGCUCCACGUGGGCCAUGGAGUCCGUGGUACGAUGCUGGGGGGCAGUCCCGGCAGAAACAAGCAUGUGCCGAGUCACCGUUACAACCUGCAGAUAG